ACCUCCCCCGGGGCACUAGGCAAGCCAGCCAAUCACAGAGGCACAAAGGGCAGGGCCAAGGCUGGCUGAGUGACAAAAGCUGAGGAACCUAGCUGGGUGACACUCUGGAGCAGCCAGUCAAAGAGGUGAGAUCUCUUGAAUGAGCAACACCUGCCUCACCUCCUAGCACCAGCAACAGCUCUUCCUAGCUACAAAAAGCAGGGAGAACAGGAGGCAAAGAAGGUCCUAGGGGUUAACUCCUGGACCCAAGGCAGAUUGCCAUUAUUUUAAGGCUAAGAUGAAAGCAUCCUGAACCCAGCCGAGGCACAACUCAUGAGUUCCGGGUAUCGUCACUAGGACUACGUGGCAACAAAAAUAUCCUCUCCACAGCUUGCUACCUACUGCCCUUGGUUUCUUCAUGGCUCCCACCUACAGCCCCCAGGGCAACUGGACUCCCCUGGCCACAGUGGCCCUACUAUGGGCCUCUUUGGCCUGGAUUGAGGGAAAGCCUGCGUGUCCUUCCUGUAGGAUGCCCCCUCUGGAGCCCAGUGCUGAGAAAGCCUUUCUGGUUGAGGUAGCCAAGCAGCAGAUUCUGCAUAAACUGAACCUGAACGAGAGGCCCAACAUCACUCACCCUGUGCCACGUGGGGCUGUGGCCAACGCCCUGCGGCGCCUGCACAUGGGCAAAGCCCGGACGGACGGACUUGGGCACUUCUCCGGCUGGGAGAAGCCCGAGUCUGAUGAACAGGGCUACGAGAUCAUCAGUUUUGCAGAGACAGAGCCCUCUGGGGUACUACAGUUCCAGCUGACCCAUACAAAAGGCCAAGACAUGCACAUCCUCCAGGCUCAGCUGUGGCUACACCUCAAGGCUCACCAAAACAUCACGCUGCAGGUCUACCUGGCUGGGCACCAGCGAGUGGCCCUGGGGAAGCGGCAGCAGCUGGAGAGCAAAGAUAGUGGCUGGCACACUUUCUCCCUCAUGCCGGCCAUGCAGAGCUUUUUUGAGCGUGAGGAGACGGCCCUACGCCUGGACCUGCAGUGCGAAGGCUGCCACCCCAGCAUCGCAUCUUUGGUGACUGCCACCAGCAGCUCCCACCAGCCCUUCCUGGUGGUGAAGGCCAAGAUACGGGAACCUAGCCACCAGGUCACCAAGCGCAGCCUGAGCUGUGACCAGAACUCUGACGUGUGCUGCCGAAAAGACUAUUACGUAGACUUUCGGGACAUUGGUUGGAAUGACUGGAUCUUUAAGCCAGAGGGUUAUCAGAUAAACUAUUGCAUGGGGGAGUGCCCCAUGCACUUGGCUGGCUCACCUGGGGUAGCAGCCUCCUUCCACACUACCGUCUUCAAUUUGGUCAAAGCCAACAACAUCCAGACUGCUGGCCCUUCUUGCUGUGUCCCCACACAGCGCCGGGCCCUUUCUCUCCUCUACUUUGACCCCAACAGCAACCUCAUCAAGACGGACAUUCCUGACAUGGUCGUCGAUGCUUGUGGCUGCAGUUAAGGAAAGGAUUAUGACUACAGGGAAAACUGAAAGGAGCAGAACGGAAGAUGGAAUAAAUUUUCCUCUGCUCCUGUUAGACACCUGUGACAGCCAUGAUGCUCCAGUCCACGUUGGGGACCAUAGUGGUGUGUUGGACUCUCUUUGUAGAGCAACAGUGGUUUCUGCAGAGGAAAGCAAGUUGCAGCAGCAGGCGCUGACUCAUCCUGCCUUCCUCCUGACAAAAACAUCCACUGUGAAGCACAGAAAUAGUACUAGACUGCAGGGCUGCAAUGAGAUCUUUUGGGCCCAGGACACUGCUUGUAUUCAUUUUCUCCUUUGGAGGUGGCUACUUGAUAGCCCCUCUGAGCUCUGCUCCACCCUCCAUAGCAGAUUCAUUUGUACUUGUCCCCCAACCCCUGUCUAUGGCCCAGGGGUUAGGUCAGGUAUUAGGUGGGGAAAAGGUCAGUGAAAUGUAUUCCCCAGGAAUGUAGAGAGUCUAUAGAUAAAGCAUACACAUGCUUGUCUUAAUCCUUUUAGUUUGUUUCCACAGUCUGCUUUCGAUGUAUUCAGGAGUCCAGAACAAGAACGGAGAAUGUUAACCACACACCCUCCUUUAGACUGACUAAUUAGAUACAACGGAAUAGAAUUUUUGGUACCUGACCUUAAAGACAGAUUUCAGUAGUGCAUAUUUUAAAGUUUCACAUGGUCGUGGCUCUCAUUUUCACUAUGUUCCAAUCUCUGUCUCUGGUUGGACUGGAAAGCGUUUACUUAGGGAAAGCCUGCACUGGAUGUGCAGAAAUAAGGGGGAGGCUAAAUAAGGGGGUGGCUAAAUAAGGGGGUGGCGCAGAGUGGUAAGCGGCGGUAACGCAGCCGAAGCUCUGCUCACGGCCAGAGUUCGAAUCCAACGGAAGGAGGAUGUCGAAUCUCCGGUAAAAGGGGUCGAGGUCCACUCAGCCUUCCAUCCAUCCGUGGUCGGUAAAAUGAGUACCCGGCAUACGCUGGGGGGGAAAAAGAAAGGCCAGGGAAGGAACUGGCAAACCCACCCCAUAUAUACGGUCUGCCUAGUAAAACGUCGCAAGACAUCACCCGAAGAGUCUGAAACAACUCGCACUGUAAGUGCAGGGACACCUUUACCUUUAAGGAGGCAGACCCACACAUCCAGCUGGUGACACCGACGCCAAAGGGACCCUGAUACCUUCAUAACUUUUUUAUUUGUAUUUGUGUAUGUAUGUUGCACUUAUGUUAAUGUAUCUAUAUUAUUUUAUUUUUCAAUUACAUCAAUAAAAAUAAUGUGUUUAAAAAAAAAAAGACUUCCAGGAAGGGUGACUUCGCUUGUGCCUGCUUUUGAGACGGGCUCCCGCCUCAAAAGAAGCUUAUUCAGAUAUAAAUCAGUCAGAACAUUUUUUUUUUGACUGAUGAAAUUUCUCCCGGCCAGGGAGAAACGUAGAGAUCAACCUCAAAAGCCUGUUUUUGUUGGGAGGACUGGAUUUCAUUAAUUUAUGAGAAAAGGUCCAGCCAGCAAUGCCGGACGGACUUCCGAACAAGCUCUAUCUGAUUAAUGCGAUACGUUUAUCUUUUCUUCAAAGAGAAAAUGGACUAACAGGCAAGCACCCUUCUU